AAGGCUGAGGGACUGACAGGCAGGAGGAAGGAACAGCUGCCUGUGUGUGAGACAGAGAGAGACAGAGAGAUCAGGGAGGGCUCUGGCCACAUCUGUCUGAGGAUUAAGGAAGGAAGGAGAAGAGAAGAGAAAUGAGCUGAGUGAAGACUAGGGCUUAGGCUGUCUCCCCAGCGCCAACAGCAAGGACGUGGCUGAGAAGUCAGAGGGACUUAGAACAUUUGCCCCAUAGACCCAGGUCCCAGCCUGAGAGACCUUCAGGGCCAGAAGGAACUCCUUGCUCCCAGCAUCCUUCUCCCAGCCUUGGAGCUGGGAUCCCCUAGGCAUGGAGGAGCAGCUGGAUUGGGCAGCCUAUGGUGAGAACCAGACGGGAGACUGUGAGUAUGAGGAAUGGAGUCCGUCCCUGGUGCUCCUCCCCACCAUCUAUCUGCUGGUUUUCCUACUGGGCACAACAGGCAACGGCUUGGUGCUGUGGACCAUCUUCCGGGGAGGGCAGGAGAAGCGGCGCUCAGCCGACACCUUCAUCGCCAACCUAGCCAUGGCUGAUCUGACCUUUGUAGUGACCCUGCCACUUUGGGCUGCCUAUGCCUGGCUGGGCUACCACUGGCCUUUUGGCUCCUUCACCUGUAAGCUCAGCAGCUACCUGAUCUUUGUCAACAUGCACGCCAGCGUCUUCUGCCUGAUGGGCCUCAGCAUUGAUCGCUACUUGGCCAUUGUGCGGCCAAUGGCUAAUGCUAAGCUGAGGUGGAGGGCCAGCGGGCUGGUGGCCACCAUUGCCCUCUGGGCCUUGGCGGCCAUUUUGGCCUUGCCAGCCAUGAUCCUCCGGCAGGCAGCAGUGCUAUUGGGAGAAACCAAGGUGACGUGCUACAUGGACUACUCGGGCUUGGUGGCCAAUGGGACCGAGGGGGCAUGGGAGGUGGGGCUGGGCCUGUCCUCCACCAUGCUGGGCUUUGUGGUCCCCUUUGUCGUCAUGCUGACCUGCUACUUCUUCAUCGCCCGCACCAUCGCUGACCACUUCCGGAAGGAGCGCAGCGAGGAGCUGAGGAAGAGGAAGCGGCUGCUGAGCAUCAUCAUCGUGCUGGUGGCCACCUUUGCCCUCUGUUGGCUACCCUACCACCUGGUGAAGACCAUCUACGUGCUGAUGGACCUGGAGGUGAUGCCCUGGUCCUGCGGCUUCCAUGCCUUCCUCAGUAACUUGCACCCCUACUGCACCUGUGUGGCCUACAUCAACAGCUGCCUUAACCCCUUCCUCUAUGCCUUCUUUGACCCUCGUUUCCGGCAGGCCUGUGCUGCUGUCCUGUGCUGCAGCAGGGGGCGCUGGCCAGGGUCCGGCAAGGGCAAGUCAGCCAGCUACUCCUCCAGCCACAGUCAGAACCUGCAGGGGAAGGGUGGGGAGCUGCCACGGGAGAAACUGGGUCCAGGCAGGCAGGAGACUCUGCUCCGAGGCUAAGAAAAGGGGGAUGACAUGGACCAGCCUCUGGGGACGUCAGAUAGAGUGAGUCCUCCUCUGCUGUCACUCUGUCUUUCAUUGUUUCUCUCACUCCUUCUUUCAUACUGUCUUUUCUCUCUCCAUCACUCCAUCAGUGAUGGAGAGAGAAAAGUGUCUUUCACCCUUCACUAUCUCUUCGAUUUCUCCUUCUUCUCUUCCUCCAGCUCUCUCUCGGUUUUGCUUCUCCCUUGUUGCAGGCCUUAUGUGGAUAAGGCAUUUCCAAGGCCUGUGGCUACCCUGUAGAACCUCAGCAUGACCCUUUCAGGCACGGACUGUGCGCUAGGGGCAUGUCUACACUGCGGCUGGGAGAAGCCUCCCAGACCUACCCAGGCCGCCAUCCACUCUGCAAUGGCCACACAUUGCUAUUUUUAGCGCGCUAGCUAAGCAGACCUAGCGCUUGUCCAUCUCCCCAGCUGCCGUGUAGACAUACCCUAAAGCAGCAGUUCUUAACCAGGGGUCCGAGGGUUCAGGGGGUCCGCCAAGCAGGACCAGCAUUAGACUCUCUGGGGCCCAGGGCAGAAAGCCAAAGCCCCACUGAUCCAAGCCCUGCCAACCGGGCCUCAAGCUGAAGCCUGAGCAACUUAGAUUCACAGGGCCCCCUGUGGCCUGAGGCCCUGGAUCAUUGACCUACUUGCUACCCACUAAUGCCAACCUGGCUUUUACAUGCAGAAAAACAGCUGUGGCACAGGUGGGCCGUGGAGUUUUUAUAGCACAUUAGGGGAGCCACAGAAAGAAAAAGGUUGAGAACACCUGCUCUAAAGGGCUCAUGGCCUGGAGGCAGAUGGCCCCAGGGACGAGGGCUUUCUGCAUUCCCGGCCUUUGCCCCGCACACACACACACACACAGGGCUGGCAGUGGCCAGCGCUGGUCACUGGCUGGGCAUUGGGGGUGUGGUGUUAGUUUUUUUGGGGGGGGCUGGAAGACCCCCCCCAAAAAACCACCCCCUAACAUACAUAGCCCGCCCUCCCCGCUGUAGCCUAAUCUGCACAGUGUCUUAUGGCUGGAGGGAACAGUUGGCUGCUGCUGCUGCUGCCUCUCCUGAGACAUUGGCUCCUGUCCCCCUGAAAAUUCACUCUACCCUUUGUCUGCUGUGGUAGGGUGAGGGUCCCCCUCUGUCUUAAUGCCUCGGUCAACACCCAGACCCACAAGGUGUUGGGAGCAAUUCUUCCCCCGGCUGGGUGGGGCCUGUGAGGAAGCUGUUAGCCGUGGGAUUCCCCCCCACCCAGGCACAUACAUCCCUGUACUGAGAGCCACCCUCCGCUCACCCAGCCCUCCCUCCUUUACAUCCCCCACCCACCCAGGAUCUCCCACUGGGCUGUUUUGUCUGGGGGUGAGUGUGCACCCCAGAGCCACACCAGGCUCUGUUGGGGGGGGGUAGAAGGGCGGGGGAAGGCGUGUGUGUCCCACUUCAGCCAUGAUGUGGGAGGAAAAGGAAAUCAUCUCACAACGGAGGAAAAAGAGGGGAUGGGGGGCAGGAGGGUCCCCCCGAUUUCGAAAUCCAAGCUGCUGCUCCCCCAUGGUCCUGUGUUUAUUCACCUUCUCGCCUUCACCCACAUGGGAAAAAAAGACCGUGAGGAGGUGAACGGGGGUCACGGUUCACAUGUCACCGUCUCCCCCCUGCUCAGAUGGCCUCAGCCACAACUCCAGAGCAGCUCAGAGGACGCGCAUGCAGGGAUCUGCCCCCGCACAGCCUAGCUCCUUGAAGGAGGGGCUUUGGUUUGAUUGCAGAGGGGGUCUAUAUAGAUAUAUAUUACUCUUGCUUCUUAACCAAUCCCUGAUAAUAAUACUUGGCCCUUCUGAUCAGCAGAUUGCAAAGUGCUUCCCAACGUAGGUUAGUACCAGGUCGGGAAACUGAGGCACAGCACAAGGACGUGACUUGCCCAGAAUCACCUAACAGGCCAGAUGCAGGAAUAGCUCUACUCGCUGCCCAUGCCCUGAGUCUGAUGGACUAUGGGAGAAGCUGUGUAAGAAGGGCAUUGUAGGGAGCAAGGGGUGGGCAGUUUUGCUAUUCAGACUGGGGUGUGGCAGGUGAGGGGCCAGCAGGUCACUGGGCUACAUCUCUUGCCAUGUGUCCCUUUUCUGGGUGAGGGGCUGAAGGGCUAGGGAAGUGAACAGAAGGGCCAAGUCAGCUAGCGACCAAUGAUUGCAGAGGAGCAGGAGGUGGAACAGCAAUAGGAAAGCUCUGAGGUUGCAGCCACUCCCAUAGGUGCUGUGGAUUUUUUAGGCUUCCCUACCUUACCCACCCUGCCUCUGAAGACCAUGCUAGAAUAAAGCCUGGGGCUGAUGUGCUGUGGCCACAUCCCCCUUCACCCAUAAGGGCUCUGGAGGGACUCUAGGCAAAUAAGAGCAGUCCCUGACCCGACCCAGCCCUUGGGGGAAUGGUGAAGACUCUUGGCUUGCUACGGAUCCACUGAGGCUGGAGAAGGGGCCCCAGGGAGGGUGGGUAGCUCCAUUUGAACUAGAGCCUGGGUAAAAACAGCCCAUCCACAGCGUUUUCUCCAUUGGGACACGGCUUCCACAGUCUGGAAGACCACAGAGCCCACAGGCAACCUGUAUUUCCAAGUGGACAUCUGGCAACAGAAGAGAGGCCACGAUCCCCUGGCGAGAUCUCCAGGCCAAAUAUUGUUCUGGGUUGACUUGAGAGCAGCCUGCCAGCUUGUGGGGGCAUCUCUGAGAUUCUGGCCCCCGCAAGGGCUGCUCCAUCAGAACUCUGAACAAUGGGGUGCUGCUCAGACUAUGGGGUCGCUGCUGAGAUGGGGGCUGCCUCUUGUCAUGCCUAUGCAAUGGGCAGUUGUUGUGUAUGAUGAAUAAAUGGGCCU